UCCGGUUUCGUCCAUUUUUAAUGAAAGUAAAAUCGAUAUCUGUAAUCGUUUUUAACGUGAAGACUAUAUAUGAUUUUAUACUGAUGUGACAAAACACGAUAACCGUCUAUAGUGUAUACUCUACUGAAAAAAAACGAAAUUGACUGAGUUUAACUGAGCAUUAUGUACAAUGGUAUUGGACUGUCGACAGCCAGAGGAAGUGGCACAAAUGGCUUCGUACAGCGAAAUAUGUGUGCUGUCCGCAAGCAUAAGGACAAGGUGGAUUAUAAAUCGGAGGAACAGUUGAAGAAACUGGACCAGAUGCUGAUCAAACAGCCAAAUCAAGAAAUAAUGAACCACGACAGAAAGCGCAAAGUUGAACUGAAAUGCAUGGAAAUGCAAGAACUUAUGGAAGAGCAAGGCUAUUCGGCUGAAGAUAUUGAAAUCAAAGUUUCUGUAUUCCGCAAGAUGUUGAUGGAAAAAGAAGGAGUUUCUGAAGCAGGGGUUGACAAAGAUGAAAUGGGCAGACCAAUUGCUAAAGAAACACACCAGCUUGCUCAAGCGAACCAGGAGAAGAAUGCACGGUUACGGGAAGCUUUUGGUCUGGGGGACUAUGUCGAGGGCAGUGCAUUCGACCCAGCCAGAAAAGCCAAAGAGGAACAGGCCAAAGCUUUGGCAAUGGCUCAGAAAAAAUAUCAAUAUCUUCAAGAGAGUUCUGAAUCUGAAGAGGAUCCGUCACCACCAGCAAAACGAAAGAAAAAGAAAUCACGCAAAAAACAUAAGACGGAGCAUCGCGAUGAUAGCAGUUCUCCAGAAAGACCAGAAAAAAAGAAGAAGAAAUCGAAAAAACAUAAGCAUGAUCGUUCUGAAUCUAAGAAACAAAAAAAAAGCAAAAAAAGUAAAAAGAGAGUUGAAGAGAAGAAAUCUAAGAAGCGUAUUUCCAGUUCCAGUUCGGGCAGUGAUGUUGACAGUGUCUCAGGUUCAGCCAGUUCGCAAGAUUCUGACGAUUCCAGCCUUGAAAGGUGUUCAAGAAGCAAGAAAAAACAAUCGACAGGACAGAGUUCAGAGACUGCGAGAGUAACACAGAAGUCGACUCUGAAUUCUCCUCUCAGAAAAAAGCAGACAAGACAUUCUCCCAGUCUUUCACCAAGGCCCGCAAAAGAGAACGGCACAUCAAAGUCUAAAAGUUCCAAUGGUUACCAGAGAAAUGGUAAGUUGCCAGUCUCGUCACCAGUUCCACACAAGCGAAGCAAGUCUUCGAGUUAUUCUCCAGAUGAAAGACAAAAAUAUUCCAAUCCCAAAUCCAGGGAAAAGACGAGUGAGUCGUUGCCAAGCAAACGGUCGUGGGAGAAAUAUGACAAGAGGAGGAGGUCACGAUCACGAUCCAAUUCACGAAGGUCAUCUCGCAAGAAAUCGAGAAGAAGUUCAAGAUCACCAACUAGCUCACGGUCGAGGUCAAGUUCAUACUCGAGGUCAAGAAGUUGUUCAAGAAAGAGGAGUUACUCGCGUUCUCAUUCACGAGGUCGAAGGAGGUCACACAGUAGGAGUUCCAAUCCUCGCCUGCGGUGCUCUCGAAGUCCGUCUAUUAGGAGACGGAAAGGAUCUCCAAGUCAUCUGGACAAGCGACGUAUCACAAGUGCGAGGAAACGACCAGUCCCUUAUUAUCGACCAACGCCUCCAUCAGACAGUUCGGAGGAAAGCUACAGGUCAAGUAGGUCACGUUCCCGUUACCACAGUAGGAGUCCGGUCUAUCGCCGUCGCCGAUACCGACGCAGUUUGAGUUUGUCCAGUCUCGACAGUCACUGAAUACAGGAGCAGCUUCACUGAUUUGUUUUUGUUUUGAAAUGUGAUAUUAUAAAUAAGUUAUUAUUUAAAUUAAGUUAUGGUUUACACCUCACGCUUGCAGACAGCUGGAUGAAUUGUCCAAAAAGCAAUUCUGCAAAGAAAACAAAAUGUUUAAAGCUAUUGUUGUAAGGGCUAAUAGUAUAAAGAAGUGUUUACCUUGGUAUUAACUCCAUUUUGAAGCAGUAAAGCAGGUUGGUUUUUUUGCAAGUGUAUUUGUUUUCAUUUGCUAUGUGCAAUAGAGUAAUCAUUGUGCUUCGUGGUCUCGAAGCUCUCAUUUUAAUACUCAUAAAUUUGUCUUUUCAUACAUUUGGCAUUUGUUUUAAUUACAGUCAUAUGUCUUAAAAUGUAAAAUAAACCUUUUACUUGACUUCCAUUUGGUCCCCUAACAAAAUAAAUGCCUGCUUUUUUGUGGGUUUAUUAUUUUAGACAAAAAUCUAUAUUGAAAAACUACAAAUUGUUACAAUGUCCAGAAUAUUCAUAUUCUAAGCAAGAAAAUUUAAAUCAAUUGGAAUUUUAAUAAAGUAAAAAAACAAUUGCUGAAAACCUUUUUAAAAUGGCUACAAAUUCAGAAUUGUCCUUAUAAAAGUUGUAAUCAAACCUUUUCUCCAACUAAACCUGCAAACGAAUGCCAAUUGUAUUAAUACAUAUCAGUGAAGAUAUCAGAUAUCGGGGAUUCACUUGAGACAGCUGAAUGGUCUUUCAGUAUUUUAUUGGUGCAUUAUUUUUAAUGUUUUAUCUUACUUGCACAUGUUGUGACUUUUAAAACAUUAUUUUUACUAGUGUUUUUUUAUGUUGUUGUUUUGAAAAAAAAAAGUUAUUUGUUUUACCAAGACCACAAUACACACAUUUCAGUUUUGUUGCAAACGUGUAUAUUAUAAUGUAUUUUUUGCUAACCAAGUGUUUCCUGCCCAGUGUUCUCUGCAGAAAGUCUAAGAUACAUUGAGAUGUCUCUGUUCAAUAAUCACUAUUUGACAAGUACUAAUGAAGCCCAGGAAUCAUGGUUACCAUUUCAUUUGUUGGAAGAUAUAGCAGCAGAAUGUAGCUGUGGUAGUCUCUACCCUAUGUACAAGAGCACCUACAUUUUUAUCUUUCUUAAUAAAUCCACUGGGUUUUAUUUAAUUCUGAUCAGUGUUCACUUUGGAUAUACCCCUACACUGUUGAUGCCCAAUACAUAACUGAUUAAAACUGAUUAAAACUGAUUAACCUCACCAUCAGUGUAAGACUUCAUUUAUUAUUAUAUAUAUUUUUUUUUUUGUUGUUGUUGCUUAUAUUCAAUUAAGGUUUAAGUAAGGGAGAAUUCUGUUUAGUGAUCAUUUUAUCUCUCUGGGUGGAACAGUACCUACCAGCCUUAUAAGUGACUCUUUACAUAGCAAACUUAAUAUAGACUUAAUAUAUGGUUUGUUGUAGUGGCUUUGAAUUAUGGAUCCACUUUAACAUUUCAGAAUUCCUUCCUGAAAUAGAGACUGGUUGUUGACAUUUGGAACGCAGACUCCGUGAUGUGUUGUGAUCUUUUGUUUACUUUAUUCCACUUUGAAGAUGUUCUAUGAAUGUCGAGAAAGACCAAAUGGCUUAAAUCAUUUCUAUCAUAUUGUUACUUGGAUUCCAAAUUGUUUAAAGCCAACAAAUAAAGUCUAAAUACUUCGCAUUCUUAAUAUAUUUACUUUUAUGUGGUUACAAAAAAAUAUCCAUUUCUUAGUGUAUAGUGAAAUGAUACAAACUGUGAUACAAUGGAAAUUAUAUUGCAGUGUGCAAAAUAUUACAUCAUAAUUGCAAUCUGAAGAAAUUGUAAUUGGUCAACAAAAAGUAAUUUGAAUUGAAUCUGAGAGAAUAAGAAAGUAAUCAUAAAACCAUCAUCAAGAUCUGGCUGAUGGAAUUUUCAGAUACUUUGUUGAAUCUCGAGGAAUUUAUGUUUUUCGCUUGUCAUCGGUUUGUAAUUUUUGUAGUCUUGCAUUUAGUUUUUCUAAUAUAAUAAAUGAUAAAAUAUGUAUCUGGUUUAGUGCAUUCGGAAGGCACAUGAUGUGCAAAAGAGUAUUUCACUUUAUAUACGGUAUUUUGUUUGAACUGUUUGUAAUUAUUUGAAACAGUUAAGAGUGAUAUGUUUACAGUAUGCAAAACAAUGCAUGUCUUUAAAAUAUGCACAACUGAAUGACUUAUGGGGGGGGGGGGGGG